GAACGGAGAGGAAGGGAAGAAGAUGCCUACUCUUUGGAUCACACUGAAGAAAUCUCUCCAUAGCAAGUCUGGCAACUCUGAUGUCCAUGAACUAAAGGGCAGGAGCCAUCUUGGCACCCUCUUGAGAAGGAAGAGAUCCAGGUCUUGUUGCUCCAGAUCCAUAGCCGACCUCGGAGAUGUCAUCCAUGGAGCCAGGAGGCAGAUGGAGAAGCCAAACUGCAGCAGCCCAAGGUCUAUUGGGAGCAGUGGGGUGCUGAACCCCAUAGCCCAUGAGGUGGUUCUUAGUGACACCAGAUGUGAGCUCAAGAUAGCUACUGGACCAGAGAGUUACCAUGGGGGUGGUGGUGACGUGGGAUCCACCUAUGUGGGCACCCUCAGGCCUGGGACCCCGGGCCCUGAAGGAAGAAGCACCACAGCCCUAAGGAAGGUCACUUACAUCUUUGCAGAUAGACAGGGUUAUUCUUCACUUUCUGAUGCUGUUCUUGGCAAUGCUGGUGCUGAUCAUGCUUCUUUGAAAGUCUGGCCUUCUACUGGUCAUUCUAGUCCUUCACUCUGCCAUAGCUGUAGGGAGCAGUUUGGCAGAUGGGAGGAUUUGGAGGCACAUCAUCUGUCCAAGCAUGCAGGUAAACGAGGGUAUUUUCUCUUCUCUCUUCCUGAUCUUUCUGUGCUUCUCUCUCUUGACAUUUUAGCAUUUCUUCUUUUUGAUGCUAUCUGUAGAUUCAAAUUAUAUUGUGUUGUCUGUAAACUGAAUAAAUUUCUGAAAUUGACAUUCUUAUUAGAUCUCUCCAAAUGUUUGACAUCUUCAGCUCUACUAUUGAUAAUCCUAGUUUGAAUUAUAUUCUCUUUUAACAUGAUGCUGUAGUACUUGCCAAUAGUUUCUCACUCUUUUCCUAGUUAAAUGCUGAUAUAUAUACUUUGCAAUAUGGAUUCAUUGGUGUCCUCAAUGUCCUAGCAGCUGUAUGUGAAGACUCAAAUACCAAGGAUCUCUGCUAUCUAUUUCAUUAAUCUGUUACCACUCUAUGCUUCUCCAUUUGUUUUAGCAAAUUUCAGGCUCAAAAAAAUUCAUUGGCCUGUGCUAUCCUCUUCUAAGAUCAGAAAGAGUUAUUUAUUCUUCAAUUCAGCUUAAGUCACCAUUUAUGAUGAAACAUUUUUUAAAAAACACAUAUUUCUUAAGACCACCAGCAUCAGCUACUAGCAAUCAGAAAAAUGAAUUUAUUACUUGACCUUAUUCUUCCUAUGUGAAUUAGAAAAAGAAAAUACUAUUUGUCAUUUCUUUUUGCUAUUCUUUCUAUGAAAUGUUGUGUCUUAUUGUUGUUUCCCCCUAAUACCAGAUUUUGCCAAUCCUCAUACCAACCUGUGAUGACUAUACCAUUCUAGUAGCCAACAUUUUGUUGUUCUAUUGUCUAAUUCUAUCAGUUAUAAAAGCAUGCACAACUGUGUAUCGUUUCCUACUAAAGAUACUUUUUUAGCUUCACAUAUCAAAUAAAUCUAA